CACUUAACAGUGCUGUUGACAAGAGAGAUGUAGCACAUGGUUUAGUUUGGACUGUCUCAAACAGCAGCAGACUGGAGCAACUCUACAGACUGUUUUCUACUUAAUGGACAAUUGAUGGACAAAUAGACUUCAUUUUAUGCCUAUUAAUGGCCAAAAUGAAGCUGUGAUGGGGUUGAUAGAGCUGACAUGUUGGAUACUGAGCAGACCAUCACUCUUUUUACGGAUAGAGUGUCUGGAGCAAAAUGACCAGAAGUGAGACAAACUACUGGAGACAGCAUGACCUAAACAGAGCAUGCUUUGGCCUAAGUGCUGACAUGGAGUGUAACCUGACUAAGCAUCUACAACAACAAAUGUCAAAGGAAUUCAACUGCAACCUCUCCUCCUCCCAGCCUUCUUUCUACAAUGAUACUUGUCGCCAGAGGCCUGAUAUCACACUGCAUUCCCUUGAAGAAGACCAGGUGGUCCCCUUCUCUCUGAGACGGACAAUAUUAGGAGGCCUCCAGAGAGAAGCAAAACCCCUUCCACCUCUGCCUGACCCUGAGGAGCUUAUAUCUGAUGAGGCAGCUGAUAGUGAGGUAGAGUUUUUUAUCAGUGACCGACGGCAUCUUUUGCCCAAAAGCUGUCCAAAAGCAACAUGCAAGAUUACAAACAGAGAAAGCGGCCAAGUAAAUUACGCCUACCAGAAGGGCUUGGUGCAUGGUUGCAGUGCUGGUAUUAGCUCCAUGGCUUUCUCUUGGCCAUGUAGUGAGGAGAGAGCAACAGGAAUGGAAAAUGGGUUUGGAUCUAACAUCUGGUCCUUGACUUUCCAGAAAGAGGACCAGUCAGAACAAAACCAAUCAUCCAGGCUUCGGUAUUCCUACACAGGUACUGCCUUUCAACCUCUUUACAGCAGCAACACUACCUGCCCAGCUGAAAAGCCAAAAGUUCCUCUUCGUAUUCCCAUCCCCCCAAAACCUCUUGCUCUUCUAAAAACUCUGAGUGUCAACGAGGAAGACAAACCUCCCAAAAUUCCCCCCAGAAUCCCCUUAGUACCCCCUUGCCCACCGCGUACUCCCAGCCCCAAAAGCCUUCCAAUUUAUAUCAACGGUGUGAUGCCUGCAACACAGAGUUUUGCUGCUAACCCAAAAUAUGUGAGUAAGGCAUUUCAGAGACAGCAGAGUGAAAGGGUGACCCCUGCUGCCCAGUCUACACCCUGCAUUGUACCCAUUCUGAAGGAUGGCAGACAGACCAGUGCUACACACUACAUCCUCCUACCGCCGGGUCGACAGGCUUACUCUGACCGGUAAUAAAGUACCCUGAGUAAGCUAUCCAGAAGAGAAAAACAAGGACUGGCAGAAUAAAACAGAAGCUUGUGCUUUACACUCUUGCUAAAACUUGAGAUUAAAACUGAGCAACAGUUUAAUAAACUAUGUGAUACGUACUUGUUCAGAAUGUGUGAAAACAUCCAUUCUGCAUGUCUAUUGUCAUACUGUACUUACAAUUAAUGACUGAUAUGUUGAUUGAUACGAUAUGAUUAUUUAUGUGAUACAAAAAUGUGAGGUUACUGUUCGUUUUUACUAAAAUCAUUGUAACGGUCCACUAUUUAACGCUUGUCAAUUUUAGUUCACUGAGAUUUUGCAAAUAUUCACAGUGAAAAUGUAUGAUCUCUCAUAAAUUCCUUGUUCUUACAGUCACAUGCUUAUUGUUAAAACAUCCUCUAAAGUCAGGUUACUCACAAGAGAGCAAUAAUUACUGAAUGGACAAGCUGGACUUGUAACUUGCACUUGAACACGUUCAAUAUUUAAUGACAAUGCUGCUUAAAAUUUGUAAUAAUGUAUCAAUAAAUGUUAUGCUGAAUCAUCUUAGCAUUAGGACUUGGCAAUUAGCAGUGUGGCUGAUGUGACAUAAAACCAAUUAAUUAAUUGAACUGCAAUGAAAACUUUAUUUUUUCCUGUUCAGUAAACAUAUAAAUAGUGUUCUGUAGAAAGCUCAGCAUUCUCAUGGUAUGCUAGUGUGCAUAUGAUAUCAUGUAUUUGACAGAAAAUGUGUCCUGAAAGCUAAAAAAUAAUAAUUAAAAAAAAGAAAAAAAAAAAAAAAAAAAAAAAAAAAGCUACACCACCACAAAAAUU